AUGACUCCCAGUGGGAACCAGAGUGGUAGGAUGACAGAGUUUGUCUUGGCAGGCUUCCCAAAUCUCAAUGGCACACAAGUAGAACUGUUUUCCAUGUUUCUUCUUGUCUAUCUGCUGACUCUGACGGGUAAUACGUUGAUCGUGGGGGUGGUUGGAGCUAACAAUCGCCUACAGACCCCCAUGUACUUCUUUUUGGGUAAUCUGUCUUGUCUAGAGAUUCUCAUCACUUCUGUCAUCGUUCCUAAGAUGCUGAGCAAUUUCCUCUGGAGGAAACACACAAUUUCCUUUGCUGCAUGCAUUACUCAAUUUUAUUUCUACUUCUUUCUUGGGGCCUCUGAAUUCCUACUGUUGGCAGUCAUGUCUGUAGAUCGCUACCUGGCCAUCUGCCACCCUCUGCGCUACCCUUUGCUCAUGAGCAGAGCUGUGUGCAUUCGUCUGGCCUUGGCCUGCUGGAUGGGGGGAGUCCUCCCUGUACUUGGCCCCACAGUGGCAGUGGCCUUACUUCCUUUCUGCAAACAGAGUGCUGUGGUACAGCACUUUUUCUGUGACAGUGGCCCACUGCUCCACCUGGCCUGCACCAAUACCAGGAUACUAGAAGAGACUGACUUCAUCCUAGCCUCACUUGUCAUUAUCUCUUCACUGAUGAUCACUGCUACCUCCUAUGUUCAUAUAAUCCUGGCUGUCCUGCAUAUCCCCUCCACAUCAGGCCGUCAAAAGGCCUUCUCCACCUGUACUUCACACUUGAUGGUGGUCACCCUCUUCUAUGGAAGUGCCACUUUUCUGUAUGUGCGGCCAUCACAGAGCAGCUUUGUGGAUACUAACUGGGCAGUGACAGUAGUAACAACGUUUGUGACACCACUGCUGAAUCCAUUAAUCUAUGCCUUGCGUAAUGAACAAGUAAAGGAAGCUUUGAAGGACAUGUUCAGGAAGGUAGUAGCAGAGGUUUUAGGGAAUAUUUUGCUUGCUGAUUGUACACAUAAGAAAACUGUAAGGUGA